UCUUCCUGAAAAUGUUCGUUGUGCUCGCCGUAAUGGCAACAAUGCCCUAUAUGAGGCCUUAGAGCUUAAUGUGGUUGGUGGUCUCUCAAAGAAGAAGAAUUCGAGUUUGGAGACAGAGUUAGACGAGUUGAGGUCAAAUGUGGUCACAAGUGUGCAAGAUGGGUGGAUGUUGGAGCAAUGGUUGAGAGCAAGGUUAGCAAAUGAUGAGGAGGAAUUAAGAAGAUUAAGGGCAGAGAAAAGAAGAAGGGAGGGAAAUAAUAAUAAUAGGGAUAGAAUAUCGGGUUUUG